AUGUCUCGCCUUGACAGCAUCCUUAAUCCUGAACUCGGGCUCGACCAACCCAGACUUGCGUCGCCACUGACUGAAGGCGAACACCUCUCGCUGCCUUCGUCGUCCGUAUCCGCGAGUCCGCUCACGCAACAUGUGCCCCCUUUACCGCUCCCACCUCUGGAAGGUCCUCUCGGCGGACAGUAUAGGCACCACGUAGGUGCUCUCGGGGAGCACGAUGCACACGAAACAUGUCCCGACGCGCUCAACUGCUUGCCCGACACGGAUGGCCGACCGCAGCAUACCCUGCCCAUCAUCCUCCGCUGCGCGAUCCUAGGCAGCCCGAAGAAACGUAUGACUAUCCGCGAGAUCUAUGCCGCCAUGGAGGAGAAAUACCCGUACUACCGCACUGCUGGGCAGACUUGGAAGCAAUCUGUUCGGCACCAUCUGUCGCUGAAUCGCCUAUUCGAGCGGCAGCCGCGCCCCGUGACGGAUCCUGGCUUCGGGUCGUAUUGGACUGUUAACCUCGAUGCGCCACCGGGCACGAAGCGUCCUCGCAAGCGUGGACGUCCAAACCGCGAGCCUCUCGUCGACGGCAAUCCGAGGAGACGCGGCCGUCCACGCAAGGUGCCCGGCGAUGGUCCUAAUGCGGGAGCAAACGGAAGGGAUGACGGCGACGAUUAUAUUGACGACAUUGAACCAUCUCUGUCUGGAUUGCACCGGAUGAACAUUGACGGUGGCGCGUACGAGGACGGGGUGGACUAUAUGCCGGAUCAAAUACCGCGCCUGCGCUCCGUGCGCGCGGACGACUACGACGAUGACGAUGAUGGCACGCCGCCGCCCAGUGGGCUUGUUCUUGGACCGAAUCCCUUCAGCGUGAGCCCUGGUGGUACGCAUGGGCCGUUUGGGGAGAACAUGAACAUCUUGGACCGACUAAAGCAGGAGAUGGACAAUAUGCGCCGGCGCGAGGCGAGCGCCAUGGCAGAACGGCAGAGGAUGAGCGACCAACUCGCGGAGGCCCAGGCCGAUGCAUCUCGGGCCAGGGCAGCGCAGAGGGCGGCGGAGAAGAUGCUUAGGGAAGAGGAGUCCCUUCGACGCGACGAGGAGAGGCUCAGGCGUGACGCCGAGGGCCAGUUGAGGGAGAUGCACGUCCGCCUGAGCUCGACGCUCCGUGGGCCUGACGGUAACCCGCUUUGA